AUGUCAACUGAACCUGGACACUCCAACGCUGAGACCCACACCAAACUUGAUGGAUCUCCUGAUCGAAGAUUCAAAGAGCACGGUGGUGGAUCACACGGUGCUCAAGGUCAAGGAUUUGAAGAGGAUGGUGAUGGAACUUCAAGUUUAGUCACUGAAGGUACCGGUGAAGAUACUGGUGUUUACAAACCAAGUGAACACGGCGGUCAAAAGAAGGAUGGUUCUUCCGAUGCACGAGUGAGCUCCGAACACGGCUUCGGUGGUGACAGAGAGAGAGCCUCUGCGGAAGGUCAAAAGGGUGGUUCGGCAAGUUACGAUAAUGGCGGAUUGACCCAAUAA